GAUGCGAGUGGCUGGUGAGAUAGAGGAACAUAUGACGCUGUGGUUCUCUUCACUUCCUGUAAAAUUAUGCUCAACAGAAACAGCUACAUGUGAAACAGACAAAAACCCGGGGAAACUAUUUCAGAAGAGUGAUAAAAUGGAUGACUUCUAAACGACCUCAUGAAGCCUUGUCCCCACUGAAUGAAAUGGCGUUGUAGGCUCAAGGCACUGUAACAGCCAGAGGAGCUGCCAUGGACGCCCUGGCUGUCAGUGAAAUACAGCUCUCCCCAGUGAAACCCUUUGACCAAAUCGUGGACAUCAGAGCACAAAAACGUGAACACCUGCGAGGACGUAACAACGUGACUUCCUGCCGCAGCCCCACGAGAGGGUUUGACACAAGACUGAUAAAGAAUGAACUGAAGGAAAAGAGGCAGCUUGAAUUUCUGAGGAGGAGAUCAGUGAGCCCAGAGCCGUGUGGUUUGAAAACUACAAACUAUUCUUCAAUAAGAAAACCUUCACCAAGGACAUUUUCAAUGAAACACCACAGUUCAAUCAGCAAGUCGCAGACUUUGCAUACAAGCACGUACAAUACUCCCACCAGCAAUAAGAGACAUCUAAAGAUGACUUUAACACCAAACAGCAGCAUAAGUGACGGCCCAAGCACCAGCAACUGGGCCUCCUUAUGGUCAGAACAGGUAACAGUGAUGACACAAGAGAAAGAUCAUGCAAGGAGGCAAGAAUUUACCUCCACAGCAGCGGCGAAGGAAUCAAACCAGCACCGGACAAAAAACACAGAUAAAAGAGAGAAUAGUAUCAAUGCUCAAAAGACAUGCAUCAAAACUGCCAUCCAAACAGAAGCGACUCGUCAAAAGUUCUCAGUCCAAACUGAAAAAAUUAUCCAAAAAAAGAUUGUGCAUGAGAGCAGUGCGCAGACAGAGUCUGGUUUCGUCACUAUCAAGGAGUCAGAUCUCCAGCUUUUAACUGAUUACUUGCAGGAGGCCCUGUGGAGAGAGGAGGCUGUGGAGAAGAAGCUGGCAGCGCUGCAGGAGAACACGUCAAACCUCAUGAACUCCUCCAACAAAAUAUGGAUGGCUCGCUGCAGUGAGGACCUGCUGAGAAACAAGAUCAAGGCUUUGGAGGCGCAGCUGCAAGUCUGCCUGCAGAAGUUUCCCAAGGAUGGAGUGAAGAAACUGGUGAUACAGAUGGAGAAGCAGAAGCUGGUGUAUGAGGAGAGAGCCCUGGUCGCCCUGCAGAAGAUCACACAAGAGAAAACGGAAGCGCUCAGCAAGGCUCAGACAAUGCAGCAGGAAGCGUUAAUUACAACAAAGGCAGAGGCACUGAGAUGGCAGCACCUUUAUGAGGAGCUGAAGCUGAACUCUGCACAACUCAGGGAGAACCAACACUUCAGUAAUGAUCAGCUGCAGCAGCUGCACAGCCAAGUGGAGCUGUCCAAAGCCAGGGAAGCUGAGCUGAGGGACGAGGUAGUGUCAAUGAGACAAGAGAAGCAGGAGCUACAGUACAACAUUUGUCUGCUGGAAGAGGACAACCAGAUUUUAAGAGAGGAAAUACAGCACCUCAGAGAUGGCAGCAAUGAGAGCCAGGACUUUAUGAUGCAGGGGCAUCUGACGUCAGAGGAAGCAGAGCCACAACUGACGGUCAGGAGAGACCCUCAGGUGGAGGAGCAGCUCCGUCACACUCAGGAGAAACUCCGACUCAAAGAGAGAGAGUGCGAGGAGCUGCAGACAGAGCUGCAGGCCAUGGAGCAGGAGUGUCAGUCCAGCCAGGCCCGGCUGUCGCAGUGCAGGGACGAGCUCCGACAACUCAGCCACCGCUGCAGGAGACCGAGUCGAUGUGGUUUCUGGUGGAAGUUGUGUGUGUUCUUCCUUCUUCUCCUGGCUGUGGCGGGGGUUGCCAUGUUGUGGCUGUGGCAUCCUCCUUUCAGAGAGCAAAUUGAAGACCUGUACACAGACAUAGAGAGACGAAUCGAAGACUAUCUCAUGGACAUGGCCUCCCCUCAACACUCAGGCUGUUUUAGACCGAUAUGAGAAUGUUACUGCUCAGGAACAUUAUUUUUGUUGUUUUGUUGCAUGUGUUUUAAGAUAUUGUUUUCUAGGAUGUAGUUGAUAUUUUUGUAUCCCCCUACAGUUUUAGACUUGGAACUCAAAGUGUGUGUGAAAAUGUUGUUCUGAUGUGUGGGAUGUUUGCAGAAAGUUCAGAUACAAGUGAACACUUCCAGUGUGACAAAUGUUUGUGAUGUUUGCAACAUUGAAAAUUUGUUAAAGCACUAUCACGAGAUGGCUGAUAUGAAUAAUAUUUUUAAACUGUGAGUCAAUAAUAACAAUAGCCAGGAGAAGAAAUACAGGAAGUAUCCUUUGUACUGUAAACAGCUUAUUUAGUCAAAACCACCAAGCAAUUACAAUAAAGACAAAAGGUUAGUCAGUUGUUGGUCUCAAUAAAAGAAAGAAGGGAUAAGAACUCAAUGAAAGAGCCAUUAGACUUCGAUAUUAUAAGAAAUAAACAUUGUUACUACAA